GCUGAGGCGGCGGGACUUCCGGCGUUGUCCUCGAGCUUCUCCGCUUGCCGCUGUGGGUCGGGACGAGUAUCCCGAGAGCUGCGCGGUGGGCCGACUUCCCUGAGACGCCGCACCGCGGAGGACAGCGGCGGGGACCCCCGUCGCGCCCCUGUGCGCGCCCUGACUCCCGGGAAUGACCCCCUCUUCCUGAGACUCGCUGUCGCCCCCUGCGGAGCGGGGCAGGAGGGUCUGGGCCUCCCACAGGCGGCUGCCUGGUCCCUGCGCACCUCCCACAGGCGGCUGCCUGGUCCCUGCGCACGUUUUCUUAGACCCAGCUUCUGAGGUCCUACGGUCGGCGGGAGGUUCCUGCGCCCAAGCCGGGGUGGCAGGUACGGCCUGAACAGGCCGAAAUUCGGCAUCCGCCGCGGCGAUGCUCCGCCCACAGCUUCCGACGGCCGUGGAGGCGCGGGGCUUGGUGACCUUUGAGGAUGUGGCUGUCUAUUUCUCCAGGGAAGAGUGGGGUCUCCUUAAUCUGACUCAGAGGAGCCUGUACCGUGAUGUGAUGCUAGAGAACUUUGCACUUAUUGGCUCGUUGGGAUUUGCACCUUCAAGGUCCCAUGUGGUUGCCCAACUGGAAAGUGAAGAAGAGCUCUGGGUGCCCAACAUAGUGGACUUGACUCUAGGCAGCAGAACAGAGUCCAGGAGGGGUCCUGUUCCUGGUCGUCCAUGUAGACUGGAGGACGAGGAAGCCUCUCCAGAGCAGAUGAAGAACUACGGAGUUUGCCUGUCGGAGAGGCCCUUGCGGUGUGAGGAGUCUGGAAACGAUGUCCCAGCCACCGUGGGCCUCCUCCAGCACCAGGCUGCCCACAGCAAGGAGAAGCUACACAAGAGCACCAAGCCUGGGGAGGCCUUCCACGUCAGCUUCAGUUGCCAGAAGCAGCAGGGACUCCAUACCACACAGAAGGCCUUCAAGUGCAGUGUCUGUGGGAAAGCCUUCCUAAAGGCAUUUGCACUCCUCGACCACCUGAUAACUCACCCCAAAGAGAGACCCUUUAGAUGCCUGAAAGGUGGAAAUGCCCCCAAGGAGAAAUCUACCCAUGAUAAAUACCAAAAAAUUCACACUGCAGAAACAUCCCAUAUGUGUAAUGAGUGUGGAAAGGUUUUCAGUUAUCCAUCUAAACUGAGGAAGCACCAGAAGGUUCACACAGGCAUAAAACCUUUCAAGUGUGAGGAGUGUGGCAAAACUUUCAAUCGCAAAGAUGCACUUGUUCUGCACCAGAGAAUUCACACUGGAGAAAGGCCUUAUGAGUGCAGCGAAUGUGGGAAAACCUUCAGCGUUCUGUCUACUCUCAUUCGGCACCGGAAAGUUCACAUUGGAGAAAGGCCCUAUGAGUGCAGGGAAUGUGGGAAGUUCUUUAAAUACAACCAUAGCUUCAUUCUUCACCAGAGAGUUCAUACUGGAGAAAGGCCUUAUGAGUGUAAGCAAUGUGGGAAGACUUACGUGACCCGCUCUGGCCUGUAUCAGCACUGGAAAGUUCACACUGGAGAACGGCCCUAUGAGUGCAGCCUGUGUGGGAAGACCUUCACCACGAGGUCCUACCGCAAUCGGCACCAGCAGUUCCACACUGAAGAGAGAUCCUAUGAAUGUACAGAAUGUGGGAAAGCCUUCAAACAUAGUUCUACCCUCCUUCAGCACAAGAAAGUCCACACUGGAGAAAGGCCAUAAGAAGACAGGGCAUAUUGGAAAGCCUGUAGGCGGGGCUGGGCACCUUGUUCAACAUGAAAGUCCUCCCUCCAGAAAGGAGAUUGAGGAGAGUAGCCAUUUGAAAGCUAAACCUGGCAUACCCCAACAUGUGCCAUGGCGUGGCAGGUGUGUAGGAAGCUUUCAGAAGCUAAGUUGCACUCCGACCUGCCAAGGCUGUUGGUAGUGCGAAGUCACCGCUGGUUUCUAUGAUAGAAGCCAUCCCACCUCCACCACCGGGCAGGAGCCCAAGGUAUGCAUCUGUCAUGUCAGUGUGAUCUGAACAGCAGAUCUUCUUAGUCCCCACUCUGUGGAGAAAAGAAUCAUGAGUGGUGGACCCCACAAUGGGCUUCAUUGCCCCCCCAACCGGGUAUGUCUGUGACCAGUCACUGGUCAAGAGUAGCUGAGCUGUGCUACUGGGGGCUUCCAGAGAAGAUUAAUCAUUUCCAUGAACACAGUGGACACUCUACAUAGCUCCUGUCAUGGAUUCAUCCACCCCUGGACCUGACUGUCUCACGCUCCCUGGAAUGUGUUAGGUAAUGAAAGCUUUACUGUUUACACCAUGUUUAAUAUUGGGGGUUCUGAAAAACAAAACACAACAAAACAUAUUUAUAUUGGGGGUUCUAAUUACUGUGUAUGGAGGGACUGAGAACCAAACUGGGCUCAUGAAGAGAGGGACUGGCAUCUGUGGGGAGAGGUCCCUGACUUUUGUUGCCUUACUGGGGAUAGCAGGAUGUUCACCUUAUGGCCAUACCCUGGUCCUAAAUGAAGACCAUGCAGUCCUGGGAUGUGGCCAGUGCUCCUGGCGUCUUUGCAUACCAUGGCCUUCAUUGUUUUUGCUGCCAAGGGAGAGAAGUGAUAUCCUCUGUUUUGUGGGGUCUUUUGAUUUUAAAAUUUUGGGAAACGAAUUUUCCAAAAGGUCAAUAAAAUGCCAGUUCAGCAAAA